UCCUUCCCACAAAGCCAGUAAGCCACAGCCAUCAACAGCGGUUUUGAGUUUCCCUUCUCAGUUCUAACCGUUACGCUUCGGAGUCAUACUCGCAUUGACUCACCCAGCGGUAGCGGGGCUCCUCCACCCAUUAAGCUAACGUCUAACGUCUAACUUCUAACGUCUAACGCCCUUCGCCUUCAGUUACAUCCACCGCACACACCAACACCAUAGAGCCGUUUCUUCACUGCAACACCUCAUUCACUUGGUAACAGGCACAGAUCUGGAACGAAGCAAGAAUAGGUUCUACCCAACUGACUCGUGCAGCAGUUUAGUAGUAUGCUUGCAGUGUAAAUAAACAAGCCGAAACACCUCGUUCCCUUUUGCUGCUGGAAGUGGAAAAUACUUGGAAAAGGGUGGAAAUGGAGUUCCUACGUAUUUUGUUAUCUUCCAUUUGUUUGUUGGUUGUGAUUGAUCACUGGCAAGGAAAUGCUGAACCUGUCGGAGAUAAGGAAGCUUUGCUUGAUUUUGUGAACAAAUUCCCUCCUUCUAGACCUCUGAAUUGGGAUGAGACCUCCUCCAUGUGUGCCAAUUGGACCGGAGUCACUUGCAGUGAAGAUGAGUCCCGGGUCAUCGCCAUUCGUCUGCCGGGGGUUGGAUUUCGUGGCCCAAUUCCGCCGGAUACUGUUAGCCGCCUCUCGGCACUGCAAACUUUGAGCCUCAGAUCCAAUGUCAUAACUGGGCGGAUACCUUCUGACUUUUCUAAUUUGAAGAACUUAACUUUACUGUAUCUUCAGUUCAACAAUUUCUCUGGUCCUUUGCCUGAUUUCUCAGUUUGGAAGAAUCUUACUAUUGUCAAUCUGUCCAAUAACCAUUUCAAUGGCAGCAUUCCUGAUUCCCUUUCCAAUUUGACCGAGAUUGCUGGUUUGAACCUUGCAAACAACUCGCUUUCUGGCGAAAUUCCCAAUCUCCAGUUGCCAAGACUGCAGCUGCUGAAUCUGUCUAACAACAAUUUGCAUGGGAGUGUGCCUAAAUCCCUCCAGAGGUUUCCUGAUUCGUCAUUUUUUGGAAAUAAUAUUUCUCUUGGGAGCUCUCCUGUUGUUCCGCCAGUGCCUCCUCCGGUUUAUGGGCCUUCUUCAAGAUCUAAGAAGCAUGGAAGGCUCAGCGAAACAGCACUGCUGGGAAUUACUAUUGCCUGUGGUGUUCUAGGCCUUGUGGCAUUUGUUUUCUUGAUCUUUGUAUGCUGCUCAAGAAGGAGGGGUGAAGAUGAUGAUGCCUUCAGUGGGAAGUUGCACAAGGGUGACAUGUCUCCCGAGAAAGCUGUAUCGAGGAACCAGGAUGCGAAUAAUAAGCUGUCUUUCUUUGAGGGGUGUAAUUAUGCUUUUGAUUUGGAGGAUUUACUCAGGGCUUCUGCUGAGGUACUGGGAAAGGGAACGUUUGGUACUGCAUACAAGGCAAUACUGGAAGAUGCAACCACGGUUGUUGUGAAGAGGUUAAAGGAGGUAGCAGUUGGAAAGAAGGAUUUUGAGCAACACAUGGAAAUAGUAGGAAACCUUAAACAUGAGAAUGUGGUUGAGCUCAAGGCAUAUUAUUAUUCCAAAGAUGAGAAAUUAAUGGUAUAUGAUUACUAUAGCCAGGGGAGUGUCUCGUCAAUGUUACACGAUUUCGUGCAUGGCAACAUCAAAUCCUCAAAUAUCUUCCUCAAUGCUAAACAGUAUGGUUGUGUAUCCGACCUUGGUCUCGCAUCCAUAAUGAGCUCACUUGCCUUACCCAUCUCACGAGCUGCUGGUUACCGAGCACCUGAAGUUACGGACACCAGGAAAGCGGCACAACCUUCAGAUGUUUACAGCUUUGGCGUGGUGUUACUUGAGCUUCUGACAGGGAAAUCUCCUAUUCACACAACUGGUGGGGAUGAGAUUAUCCACCUGGUGAGAUGGGUUCAUUCGGUUGUGCGAGAGGAGUGGACAGCUGAGGUGUUUGACUUAGAGCUGAUGAGGUAUCCAAAUAUAGAGGAAGAGAUGGUGGAAAUGCUACAGAUAGCAAUGUCAUGCGUGGUAAGGAUGCCCGACCAGAGACCAAAGAUGUCUGAAGUUGUGAAGAUGAUAGAAAAUGUGAGGCAAAUUGAUGCAGAGACUCAGCCGUCGUCGGACAACCAAGCAGAACAGAAAUUACCACAACAUGACAUCGAUAAUUCCCCUUCUUCCUCUCCCUCACCCUUGCCAAAAGGAAGUGAAUGAAAGAGAGAAAGAAAUCUAUUGGCUUUAUUUGAUUUGAUUGUAUCUGUCAAUGUUUUACUGAAAGUUCUGAACAAGAAUGAUUAAUUUUUGCCGCCCAUAUUCAAGUUGCAUGUGACUUGGUUAGUGGGUACUUCCCCCAUUCUUCCCUUACUUUAAUGUGACAUUAGAUUUGAGGUUGUUUUGUUUGCACCAAGAAAAGGACACCUUUUCCUUGGUAGAUGGUUUACUAUCUUUUCUGAACUUCUCCAUGCUGUAGGUUUAAGGUUUGUAAGGUUCUUGGAAUAUCAUAACAAGAGAUUGAAAUACGAAAAAGGUUGUUUGGAACUCAGAA